CUUAUCUACUCUCAGCACCAUAUACAAGACUUCCCGGCCAAAUCCGCCUUGCCUGAAGCCUGCAUCCAAGAGCAGUGAUGGAGGCAGCAAUGGGUUUCUCGGCACCGAAGCCACAUGUUCGCAGGCCUGCUAUUCAUUCAACCACCGGGAACCUGUGCUUGCUCCCAAAAGCAUUUAGAAGUUUUCCGGCCUCCAGGUGGACCACUGGCUUGUCGCAGUGUAAUGAGGGGAAGAGGCAGGGAAGGAGCUCUUCGUGGAAGUCGAAUGCUCUCCCGGAUUGGCCUCUGAUGGCCGUGAUGAUAGAGCAUGUGGCGAAUCAGAGGGACUUUGUGGUGCACAAGUCAAUUUGGCAUCUCAGCGAUGAAGCUAUGAAGAACGUUUACACCAUGUACAUCAUGUUCACCUGCUGGGGAUGCUGUUUCUUUGGAUCCACGAAAGAUCCUUUCUACGACGGAGAGGAGUAUCGCAAAGAUGGAGGAGAUGGAACUGUGCACUGGGUCUAUGAAAAGCAAGAAGACAUCGAAGAAGCUGCAAGAGCAGAGCUAUGGAGGGAGGAGUUGAUCGAAGAAAUUGAGCAAAAGGUUGGAGGGCUGCGGGAGCUGGAAGAAGCUGGAAAACAAGAGGAGCUUGUCAAGUGAAGAAGGCUACUUGAAUUAGAUCACAUAAGAACAUGUCUGAUAUGCUAAAUGAACAGCCGAGUUCAUAUAAGAGACAUCGGAUUGGACGCCAUUACAAAACUCUGUUCGAUCAUUCAGCUCAUGUACUACAAUUCAGCUACUUAAAUCAAGAAUAAGUGUCCUGCUUUUAUCAUCA